AUGGAGCACUAUAUAACUAAUUCGCUUAUUUGUCCUCUUACUCAACAAUUAUUUUCGGUUCCAGUCCUUGCUGACGAUGGUUACACAUAUGAGCAGUCUGCUAUUGUUGCAUGGAUUCAAGAAAAACAUCCAAGCCCCAAGACAGGACAAGCCUUAUCGCUCAGUAGUUUGCGCCCCAAUCAUAGUAUUAAAAAUUUAAUAGAAGAAUUUGAAAACUCAUUACGUACUGUGGAUUAUCGAUUUAAGUUAGAUGUGGACGUACGAAAAGAACGUAAUGCAAUAUUCCAUGUAAAUACUAAGUCUAUAUAUCGUGCUCAAUGGAUAACACGUCCAAACGCCCCACCAACAAUAUUAUUGAAAAUGAAUGGUGUACGAGCACAAAGAGAAGCAUCAUUUUGUGUACAAUUGAGCCGUCACCCACAUAUUAUACGAACAUAUGGAAUAGUUGAGCCCACACCUCAAGACUCAAUUAUGCUACUUCAAGAAUAUGCUCCAGAAGGAAGUCUCCACGACCUGCUUGAUGAUCAAUCGAGAGUCCCGGACGAAUUAAUUUUGAUUGAGAUGUUUUCACAAAUAGCAGACGCAAUGGCUUAUCUUGCCUAUAACCGCGUGAUACAUGGGGAUCUAGCGUGUAGAAAUAUACUAGUAUUUCGUUUCAAUAAGUACAAACCUGAGGAUAAUCUUGUCAAAUUAACUGAUUUUGGUCUUACUCGACAUAGUUCUAUAUAUAUGUCAGUCAACAAUGGAUCAACAGUUAAUGAUUGCAUUCCAAUACGCUACGCAUCACCAGAAUUAAUUCAACAUCAAAAGUGUUCGGAAAAAUCAGAUAUGUUUUCGAUGGGUGUAACUAUGUGGGAAGCCCUUUCAAAAGCAACAAUACCAUGGUCAAACAUUGAAACAGAUAAAGAAAUUUGUCAGCGUGUCACCUCAGGUGAAAUAUUAUCAAAGCCUAUUAUGUGUAGCGAUGAAACAUGGCUUGUGAUCUUAACAACUAUGAUUUUCAAUGAACAAGAGCGUCCGACAUUUUCUCAAUUGAAACGCUCAUUAACAAGACUACAAUAUCAACUUGAAAAUCUAACUCGAAGUCAUAUCGAAUUAAUGGCUAAAUUUCAACGUGUGCUUCAAGUUGAUAUGAACCAAGUUGUGGUAGGCAUAGCUGUGGAACAAACUCUCGUAAAUUUAAGUGGAUUAAAUAUUGAUCAAACAGGAGCAACGUUUCGACGCAUACCGGACACUAAUAUUACAGUAUUUCGAUUGAGAAUUCCUGAUGAUAAUAAUUUAAAGACUUUUACCAAAUAUUAUGGUAAGCACUUCAAAAAUUUGAUAACACGAUACGAAAGAGAACCAACAACAGAAUGGGUAAAAAUAUUGAUCAACACAAAUAUACUGUACAACCACAUGAUAUCAAUUAUGUGCUAGUAA